AUGAGAAUUUAUUUCGAGUUUGAAAGAAUGAAAAUCGUGUUGGUGAUAGAGGCCACCUCCCAGCAGAGACCACCUCCCAGCAGAGACCACCUCCCAGCAGAGACCACCUCCCAGCAGAGACCACCUCCCAGCAGAGACCACCUCCCAGCAGAGACCACCUCCCAGCAGAGACCACCUCCCAGCAGAGACCACCUCCCCAGAGACAACCUCCCAGCAGAGACCACCUUCCAGCAGAGACCACCUCCCAGCAGAGACCACCUCCCAGCAGAGACCACCUUCCAGCAGAGACCACCUCCCAGCAGAGACCACCUCCCAGCAGAGACCACCUCCCAGCAGAGACCACCUCCCACCAGAGACAACCUCCCAGCAGAGACCACCUCCCAGCAGAGACCACCUCCCAGCAGAGACCACCUCCCAGCAGAGACCACCUUCCAGCAGAGACCACCUCCCAGCAGAGACCACCUCCCAGCAGAGACCACCUCCCAGCAGAGACCACCUCCCAGCAGAGACCACCUCCCACCAGAGACAACCUCCCAGCAGAGUCCACCUCCCACCAGAGACCACCUCCCAGCAGAGACCACCUCCCAGCAGAGACCACCUUCCAGCAGAGACCACCUCCCAGCAGAAGUCAGACGAAAUAAAGCAAUGAAUUUCCAGAUAACCAUCACAAAUGUCUAA